CACAAGAUGGCCGGUGCCGGUGAUGGAGCGGCGGCGCUGCCGGUCGUGUUGUUGGUCCUGUGCGGUUCGGUCCGCGCCGAGUACCUGUCGUCGCUCCUCGUGCUCAGCAGUAACAGCCACAGCCACCACGGGCCGCCCUUGCCGGGGCAGGGCUGUGCGCCGGCCGGGGAGGAGCUGGUGGAGUGCGAGUCUUCAUUUCUGGAUCCUGAUGACACUGACUGUGUGCCGAGGGGGGCUCCACCUUGUGAACCACUACUCUCUCUCGAUACAGAGAAAAUUCUGGCUCAAGCAAAAGUAUUGGCUGAACAAAAGCGCUUUCCCUUUUCCAUUGAUAAUGCAAAUACAAAUGAGGAAUUAGCAUUUGGUUAUGCCUUGAUUGGGAAUGGCUUGUACGAUGAAGCAGUAAAACACUUUUCGUCGCUGUUACAGAGGGAUCCAGAACUAGUGAGUGCUAUCUAUGGAAGAGGAAUAGCUUAUGGAAAGAAAGGUUUACAGGAUAUCAAGAAUGCUGAACUUGCUCUCUUUGAGCUGAACCGAGUUAUAACAAUCGAACCUAAUGCACCAGAGGUAUUUGAACAGCGAGCAGAGAUCCUAUCCCCAUUGGGUCGAAUCAGUGAAGCUUUAAAUGAUCUCAGCAGAGCCAUUCAGCUGCGGCCAUUGGCCCGAUUGUACAGACACCGAGGAACCCUUCACUUUAUAUCCGAGGAUUAUGCAACAGCCCAUGAAGACUUCCACCAGUCCCUAGAAAUGAAGAAAAGUCAACCGAUUGCAAUGUUGUAUAAAGGCCUAACCUUCUAUCACAGAGGAAUGCUGAAAGAAGCCAUUGAUGCAUUCAAAGAUGCUCUUAAACUUAAAAGUGAUUUUACAGAUGCUUACAGAAGUCUAGGGCAAGCAUACAGAGAGCUGGGCGACUUUGAAGCAGCUAUGGACAGUUUCCAAAAAGCCUUAUUGUUGAAUCAGAACCACAUUCAGUCCCUUCAGCUCAGAGGAAUGAUGCUUUACAAUCAUGGUAGUCUCCAGGAAGCUUUAAAAGACUUUAAGGGAUGCCUGCAAUUGGAGCCGUACAAUGAAGUUUGCCAGUACAUGAAGGGUCUGAGCCAUGUUGCUAUGGGCCAGUUUUAUGAGGGGAUUAAAGCUCAGACUAAAGUGAUGUUAAAUGACCCAUUACCAGGUCAGAAGACAAGCUCAGAGUAUCUUAAAGUGAAAUACCUCCGAGAAUACUCCCGAUACUUGCAUGCACACCUUGAUCUGCCUACCACAGAGUACAACAUGGACCUUGAUCUUCCUGGUAACUUCAAGGAUCAAUGGGCCAAAAACCUUCCUUUCCUUAUUGAAGAUUAUGAAGAACAACCAGGAUUACAGCCUCACAUAAAGGACGUUCUACAUCAGAAAUUUGAAAGUUACAGUCUGGAGGUACAAGGGCUACUCUGCACAGCAGAUCGCUUGGGUGCUCUUAUGCAAUACAACACACCUGGCUUUCUACCAAAUAAAAGGAUCCAUAGAGCUAUGGGACUUGCAGCACUAGAAAUCAUGCAGGCCGUGCAGCGAACAUGGGCCAAUUCAAAGAUUCGUGUGGGUGGCAAAACCAGAUUGAUGCAGUGGAGGGACAUGUUUGAUAUUGCUGUAAAGUGGAGGAGGAUAGCAGACCCCGAUCAACCAGUUCUGUGGUUAGACCAGAUGCCAGCUCGAAGUCUCAGCCGAGGCUUCAACAAUCACAUAAACCUCAUCAGGGGUCAAGUUAUUAACAUGCGGUACCUGGCGUACUUCGACAAGAUACUUAAUUUUAUAAAAGACAGAAUUCUGGUUUAUCAUCGUACUAAUAAUCCCAAAGGCCUUUCAGAAGUGAAGGAGGCUGUGGAGAAAGUGAAAAAAGUUGAAGACCUUCUUCCAAUAAUGAAACAGUUUAACAGCAAAACUAGAGAUGGUUUCACGGUAAACACAAAGGUGCCCAGUGUGAAAAAUGAAGGAAAGGAAUAUGAUGGAUUUACCAUAACCAUCACAGGUGACCGAGUUGGAAACAUGUUGUUUUCUGUGGAAACCCAAACAACAGAGGAAAGGACCCAGCAAUAUCACGAUGAAAUUGAUGCUCUGUACAAAGACCUGAACAGUAAAGGAAAAGCGCUGAUGCUUUCCACUGAACUUGGAGAAGUGGAUGCAGUGUGCAAUCUAAUCCUUUCUUUGGUGUAUUACUUUUACAACCUAAUGCCUCUCUCAAGAGGAUCCAGUGUGGUAGCGUAUUCAGUAAUCAUGGGAGCACUAAUGGCAAGUGGGAAGGAGGUCACAGGAAAAAUCCCCAAAGGAAAGCUGGUAGAUUUUGAAGCAAUGACCACACCAAGUCCAGAGGUUUUCAGUAAAAUAGGAAAACUCUGGAUGAACUUGAAAAGUCUGCCAGCAUCUUACUCCACUCUUCCAUCAGUAUCAGAAACUUUUCCAACGAUAAGAACAAUGAUAGAAGUGCUCAAUACAGACUCGUCUUCCCAUUGUCCCAGAAACUCAUAGGACCUUCAGAAAAGUGAAGACCGACUUUCUUGAUUGUUACAUAUUAAGUUAUUUUUAUAAUUAAAGAAAUGUGAGGUGCUUAUGACUUUUUGAUACUGCUUAAUUUAAUACUUGGGAGGAAAAAACUUUUAGCCUUUUGACCUGGUUUUGCAUUAUAUUUAUAAGGAAUAGGUCUUAAUUAUUCUUCAGGAUAUUGAUAAGUACUGUAAUUAAAAGAAUUAUAAUACCUGACUGCAUAUGAUAUGCAAGUAAUGGUAUUAAUGACCAAAAAGGCACACGUUUAUUUUAUUUUGGAUAAGAUUUUCUCCACCUAUGCAAAUUUAAGUUUCUGGGACUCCUACAACAGAAUUGAUAAAUACAGUGCACUUUGCCCCUAGAUAGAGGCUGGAUGUCUUGACACGAUAAAACCCAUCCAAACCAGAAUUUUACAUAUGUAUGCCGCCCAUAAAUGGUAAUUUCUGUGUAUGGAAUGUGUACUCUCGCCACACAGGGAUAGCGCUUGUUUACAUAAUACCAGAGAUCAAUAGAUGCAGGUUGGCUUCGGGACCCCAGAGGAUAUGUUUGGGUACUGCUCGGUUUAACCAGCUAAAAUUGCAUAGCUUUAAAAUGAGAGCACUGUCUGGCAAGGUUCCAACUGCACAUCCAGGGCAUUGGCUUGCAGGAAUAAUCCACUUCCACUGACUGGUCUGCCCUUCCAAGUUCUGCCAAUUAGCAAUGCUGGCAGCUCCAUGUUCAGGAUUGCCCUGGAGUGCUGCGGCCCCCACCAGGAAUCAGACCUCAGUAACUCCGACAUAGAUAAGAGUCAAUUUUGAUGUUCCAUUGCCAAGUACAUCACCUUGGUGCCUGCUUACCUUCCCCACCAUCAUUCUAAU